CUGCAUAUGAUAUAUACUAAGCGAAAAGAAAAGAACCGAAGGAGAGAAAGAGAGAUAAUAUGGAGGCGGAGACAAGUGCAGCCCCUGCUCUGGCAAGUGCAGCUCCUGCGACGGAGGAGACUAAGAAGAAGAUGAUAAUGGUGGCUAUGGAUGAGAGUGAAGAGAGUUUCUAUGCUCUAAAUUGGGCAUUGGAUCACUUGCUCACCGAUCCUUCUUCUUCUACCAUCAUCACUUUGAUUAAUGUCCAACCUUUUUUUGCCCCCAUGGUUUAUCCUGCUGGACCUGUUGUGUUUGCAGCGCCUACUGUGGUUGAAGCCGUGAAAAAAGCACAACACGAGAAUGCAACUAGAAUACUCUCUCGGGCAAUCCAUAUCUGCAAACAAAAAAUGGUACCUUUAAUAGUUUCCUUUGUCAUUAUCAAUUUUGUUACUAAAUUUCUCCUUGGUUACUUAUGUAUAAAAAAUAAACGAAAUAGUAAAAAACCAAUGAUUUUGUAGAAUCCAUCUAAGAAGGAUGCGCAUAGUCUUUGAUACUAAGAUUAAUGUUUUGGGGAUGG